AUGGUUCUUAUUAAGGAAUAUCGGAUAAGUAUGCCAUUAACUGUAGAAGAAUAUCGUAUUGGGCAGCUUUAUAUGAUCGCAAAGCAUAGUUACCAACAAACAGAAUCAGGACAGGGAGUGGAAAUCAUUACUAAUGAAGAAUGUGAGGAUCCGAUUCAUGGUAAAGGGCAGUUCACUGAAAAGAGAAUACAUUUAAAUGGCCGCUUACCCUAUUGGUUACAAGCUGUACUUCCUAAGGUUUUCUACAUCACUGAAAAAGCCUGGAAUUAUUACCCAUAUACUAUUACAGGUAUAAAUGUUCAUUUAUACCAAAAUUUAGCAUAUCUAUCCAAACAUCUUAUGAAGACAACAAUGGCACAAAUGAUAAUUGUUUGAACUUAAGUGAAGAAGUCUUGAAGGAGCGACUGGUGGAGUUUAUUGACAUAGUUUAUGAUGAAAUUAGCCCAAAGAACUACAAAGAGGAAGAGGAUUUAAAGUUCUUUAAAUCGAUAAAAACAGGUCGUGGACCGUUGACCGAAGAUUGGCAAGAAAAAACUACUCCUGUUAUGUGUACUUACAAAGUGGUACAAGCUUCAUUUGAAGUAUGGGGUCUUCAGACAAGAGUAGAAGAAUUAAUACAUCAGACCAUAAAGGAGAUCCUUACUGUUGGACAUCGGCAAGCAUUUGCAUGGAUUGAUGAAUGGUAUGAUAUGAAAAUGGAAGAUGUUAGAAAAUAUGAAAAGGCUCUUCACGAAGAAACAAAUAUCAAAGUCAUCACAUCCAAUGCUAAAAGCGAUUCAGAACCCAUUUCACCUGUAAAAUCAUGGUUUGAUUGGAGUUAA